UUCACUUCCGGCGUGCGUCCUCCUCCACUUGCUCUCGACUGUUAAUGGCGUGUGGCGGCUGCUGAGUGGGACACGCAUAACCGCUGCCCGCGCCGGGGACGUCUCCCCUGGUUCCCGCUUUGUGCUCGUCACCAGUGUCGGAGCUGUUCAGCAUGUCUGUGGUGCCGCCUAAUCGCUCGCAGACGGGCUGGCCCCGGGGGGUCAACCAGUUCGGAAACAAGUACAUCCAGCAGACCAAGCCCCUCACUCUGGAGCGCACCAUCAACCUGUACCCUCUUACCAAUUACACUUUUGGUACAAAAGAGCCCCUCUAUGAGAAGGACAGCUCUGUUGCAGCCAGAUUUCAGCGCAUGAGGGAGGAAUUUGAUAAAAUUGGAAUGAGGAGGACUGUAGAAGGUGUUCUGAUUGUACAUGAGCACCGGCUGCCCCAUGUGUUACUGCUACAGCUGGGAACAACUUUCUUCAAAUUACCUGGUGGUGAACUUAAUCCAGGAGAAGAUGAAGUUGAAGGACUAAAACGUUUAAUGACAGAGAUACUGGGUCGUCAAGAUGGAGUCCUGCAAGACUGGGUCAUUGAUGACUGCAUUGGUAACUGGUGGAGACCAAAUUUUGAACCUCCUCAGUAUCCAUAUAUUCCUGCACAUAUUACAAAGCCCAAGGAACAUAAGAAGUUGUUUCUGGUUCAGCUUCAAGAGAAAGCUUUGUUUGCAGUCCCUAAAAAUUACAAGCUGGUAGCUGCACCGUUGUUUGAGUUGUAUGAUAAUGCACCAGGAUAUGGGCCCAUCAUUUCUAGUCUUCCUCAGCUGUUGAGCAGGUUCAAUUUUAUAUACAACUGAAUUCCUGCGCACAGUAAAAGAAGCCGUCUCCGUGAGCACAGCUGUACACAACAUAGAAGAAAACUCGUAGAAGCGUUUGGUUUUUUCUUGUUCCCAACCCCUAAAUUGCCACCUCCUUUCUGUUUGAAUAGUAAAAUUAAUAUGAAGAACUAGACAGUGGUGUAAACAAAUAUGAUAACGUUUAUUAACUUUUGGUUCUUCUCACCUUUUUUUGUACAACAUUAAAGAAAGUGAACUUUCUAUUUGUAUCUUUUUUUAAAUUUCUCAUUAAACUCUGAAAAACCUAA